AUGCAAGUGGAGAGGGCAGGAAGCAAAGAAGAAGGGAGAGGACAAAACCGCUCCUUCUACUUUCAUGUUGGCUCAGGUUGCCUUGGAAGGAGAGAAAGACAGGUAAGAUAAAAACUUGCUGAAAAAGCAAAUAAAGCAUUUUGAGGAUGAACCUGCUGAUGGCGGCUGGAGAGUGACUGCUCAGGGACAUGGCAAGUCCAGGAUCCUGUGGGAAAGUGCUUUCUCUGAGGGAAGUUCCUGAAAGAGUGGAAUGGCAAGAGUGAUGGAUUAGGAACUGGGAGACUAGAGUUCAAAUCCUCACUCUGCCAUGAAACUCUCUAUCUCUCAGCCUAACCUACCUCACAGGGUUAUUCUUGUAUUUUCAGAAGCGAUGACAGGCUCAGAUACCUCACAAGUAAACCCUAAAUGCUACAUCACAAUGAUAGCAGCAAUAUAGUUGUAUACAUUAUGCUUGAAGGACAUCUUAGUGAGUAUCCCUUGCUUGGCUGGGAAGAAAAUUUAUGUUGUGUUCCUUCUGCAACUCUUUGUGCUUAAACUCUUUCAGGUUGCGGUGACUCAGUUGUCAGAAGAGGCCCUAUUCUGUGUCACCACAAUGAGGCUCACUUGCAGGUAGGAGAACACUUCUUCUUUUGUUCCAGCUCCUCUUUUCUUCAGGUUUCCCAGAGUUCACUGUACCUGAGGUGAGAGUCACCUGCAUUUCAACUAUGCUGCUUUAGGUAAGUUGCAUUCCGCCACUCAGUGGUCUUUGUUCAAGACAAUGUUUUUCGUAUUGGUCUCUCCUUUUUCUCAUUUUCUUUUCUGCUGGUCUCUUCACAGGUCUCCCCAAGGAGCUCCCAAACAUCAAUUGAAUCAGAGUUCCAGAAAUCAUGGUGGUAAGAAAAGCUGUUUUGUUGUUGUUGUUUUUUUAAAAAACUCAUUUUCUGUAGAAUUGUUGGAAGGUGGCUGGGGACAAACUAGUGACACUAGAUCGCAGACCAAAAAAGGGGGAACCACAAGACACACCCUCAGAUGGACAAACAAAAGGGUGAACAAUCUUCCUUCUUUCCACACAGAGGUUUACGUCUGAAUCUCAUCUCUCUGUUGUGCCCCUGUAGAUCAAUGGCUCAUCCAGCUUCAAACAAGAAUGGCAGUCAAAAUGGUAUUCCAUGACUGA